AUGUCUUCUUUGAUUCCACUGUUCUUUGUGCCUGAAACUUUAUCUUCCACCAAGAACACGAUUGACCAAGAAAGUGAUGAAGUCGGCUGCGAGCAACCACAUCCCAGGUCUAUCCGCUUCCAACUUUCACAAUCACUCGAUCAAUUUCUCGCGUCUUUCUCCGCUCUAAAGUCUUACUCUUUGAUUAUCGUAUCGUCGAUAUUUCUAGCCGUUACGCCAGACCUUGUGGCAACUUCUCAGUUUAUGGCUCAGUACAUAAGCAAGCGAUUCGGUUGGUCACUCGCCAAAGCAGGCUAUCUAAUAACCCUUCGUGGGGCUAUUAACCUCAUAGUUCUACUUCUUCUCCUUCCUCUUUUAUCCAAAAUCCUGCUUCGUUACCGCAGUCCUGCUGCAAAAGAUCUAAUUCUUGCAAGUGUAUCAAUCAUAUUCAUCGCAGCUGGGGCACUUCUCAUGGCGGCCCCGCAGAUUGGAACACUGAUAGUUGGACUGGCAGUGCAUAGUCUAGGGUCAGGCCUUUCACCGAUUCUGCGCUCUCUCGCAACAAGCUACGUGGCAAAGGAAGAUAUGACCAAGCUUAACACUAUUCUCGGGAUGGUUGAGAUGUCGGGGACCCUAUUUGCAGGACCUGUACUUGCCUGGUCAUUUGAUGCAGGAAUGAAGCUAGGUGGUAUUUUAAUGGGGCUGCCUUAUUUUGGCCUGGCAGGAUCAUUCAUGUUGUGUUUUGUUGGUUUACUAUUUGUUCGAUCCUCUUCCUCAGAGCCAGAUCUUGAUGAAUAA